UUAAAGAUGCAAUAUUACUACGAAUAUCACCUGGGUAUUUAUUGGGACGACUUUAUAAUCAAGCUAAAGGCGAUCCACCUUAUUUGGGUAUAUAUAUAAUGCACAAACCGUUUCUUAUUUUACGUGAUCCAAAAAUAAUAAAGCAAAUGAUUAUUAAAGAUUUUAAUUAUUUUCAAAAUCGAUAUUUUUCAUCGCGUAAUCGUAACGAUCGGUUAGGUACUGAUAAUCUUUUUUCAAUUAAUAAUCCCGAAUGGAAAUAUAUAAGAACAAAAUUAUCACCGACAUUUACAAGUGGUAAACUCAAACAAUUGUUUCAUUUGAUGGUUGAGACUUCAGAUAAUAUGAAAAACUAUUUAGAUAGUAAAUUUGUUAAUAAUAAUGAUAAAAUUGAAAGUAUUGAAGUUAAAAAUACUUGUACAAUGUAUACCACAGAUAUUGUUGCGUCUUUGGCGUUUGGAAUUAGUACCAAUUCAUUUAGUCAACCUACACCGGAAUUUUAUUUACGAAGUCGCGAACAACAGAACUUUAAUAUAGGAUUUGCUAUAAGAAUAUUUUGUGCAUUUUUUUUCCCAAUAUUUUCAAGUUUAUUUAGCAAUUCAUUUUUCGGUAAAAAUACCGAUUACUUCCGUCAAGUAUUUUGGAGUUCGAUGAAUACACGUGAACAAUCAAAAACCGAAAGAGGCGACGUUAUUGACUCAUUACUGAAGUUAAAAAAUGAAAAACAAGAUUCACAAUUCCGAUUUGAAGGUGAUAGUUUAGUAGCACAAUCAGCAAUAUUUUUUAUCGCCGGUUUAGAGUCGAGUUCCGUAACAAUCUCAUUUGCAUUGUGGGAAUUAGCUAAGCAACCAGAUCUUCAAGAUCGCGUGCGCGGAGAAAUUAAAGAUAAUUUAGAAAAAUUUGGAGGACUAACAUAUGAUGCUGUACAAAACAUGAAAUAUCUCAUGCAAGUCAUCAAUGAAACUUUACGUUUGUAUCCACCAGCACCGAUUAUUGAUCGUGUGGCCAGUGAAGAUUAUAAAAUUCCUGGAUCAAAUGUUAUAAUUGAAAAAGGAACUGCUGUUUACAUACCACUACCAGGUAUUCAUAGGAAUCCGAAAUAUCAUCCCAAUCCUGAUCAUUUUGAUCCAGAUCGUUUUAGUGAUGAAAGAAAAAAUGAUAUGGAACCUUGUACUUUCAUGCCUUUUGGUGAAGGCCCACGAAUUUGUAUCGCUUUACGUGUUGGAAUGCUACAAACAGCCGUUGGUUUAGUGAGAAUCCUUCAAGAUUAUCAAGUAACUGUUAAUCCAAAAUAUAAAACAGAAAUAAAUACUCGUAAUAUAUUUACGACCCCAGCUAAUGGUAUUCAUUUAUAUUUCAAAAAAAUAAAUUUUUAAUUAUGUA